UUGAGCGGUGACCAGCGGUGACUUUCCUAGUUGCACUGAUUAGAAAUGACAGCUGAUGACAGCUUCGCUCAUCUACGAAUAUAAUGCAUACCGAUUGUGCUUACAAAGAAAAUAAUUGUUGUACGGUUGUAAUACAACUUUAAUAAUCGAUUUAAAUAAUCAUAUAAGGAAAUAGUCACGAUGCGAAGCGUUAAAACGAGAUGGCAACGAUGAAUCUUCUAACAAACGAUCGUUAUAACAGAGUGACAUAAACAUUGAAGAAAUGGCAACAGCACAAGGUACACCUGAAUCGGAUACAGGAAGCUUCGAAUGCUUCCAGAAUUAUACGGCACCAGAGGUGUUUAUACAGGGCUUGGCUGGAAUAGUUGACCAACAGGAUGUUGAAUCCAUGAUAAGAGCUCAAAAACAAAUGUUGCAGAGAUUUGAGAAGACCAAUGAGAUGUUAACAAAUUGCAAUCAGUUAUCAAUGAAUAGACUAAAGACUGGUGGCAGCGAGUUCAAAAAACAUACAGCACUGUUGAUAGAGAUGAAAAAGGACUUAGAUUAUAUCUUUAAAAGGAUUCGUAUUGUGAAGAACAAAUUGAGCCAACAAUAUCCUCAAGCAUUCAAUGAGGCAGUCAGAAGCAGCUUGGCAGAAGAAGUAAUCGUCGAGGAUGUAGAUUGCCCUGUAAAACCACUAGAACCUGAAGUGGUACCAUUACCAAGCACGCCUCAAAAUAUUACAGACAGAGAUCCAGAUUCUGAUGCAACGUUUUUUCGUCGUUUUGUUCGACCAAAGCUCCCGGUGAUAUUAUAAUUACGAAUGAAUAGAGUGGCUGUAAGUCAAUUUCGAUUAUACUAGAACUUUACAGUGGUGAAAAGAUUGAUAAUUAUUAAAGUAUAAAAAAUAUUCAACUAUAAGCAAAGACUUUGAACGACGUUGAUCCUUUUUGAUAAGUAUGUUACGAUAAGAAGUCGAUCGAUAGAUUUCGUGUAAAAUAGCGAGCAGUUCUUCGUCGUUAAAUAAUUUCUAUUUUAGGUUCUUCCUGUUUGUUUGUGCGUACACAAUACGUGUCGUGUAGCGGCAAGCAUUAGUUAAGUUACCGCACAUCGUUCUUCGUUAGAAACAUAAGAUUAAUCUCUUUCUGCUCGUUGUUAAUACCAUACGAUGUACAUGUUACAGCCAUGGUACGCGAUCCGUUAAAUCGUAGCAAGAGUUAUCGUACAAACGAUAAACUGGUAAAUUAUUUCAAAUGAUCACGAUACCGUGGCUGUGACGUAAGAGUCACACUGUAAUGGAUUGAAGUUUUAGGAACACCUCAAAACAAAUAUAAAUCUCUGUCGUUCUAUA